AUGCUCUCAAAGCUGUUCACCACCUCUUGCCUCGUGGCCAUCGCCCUCUCGACCGCCCAAGAAGAUGACGUGUCCGUUCCAACCAAAGUUUCUUCCACGAAACGCCGUCAAUAUGUGGCAGCUCAACAACCGGCUGUUCCAGUCGUCGCCCCAGUUGGACAGUGUCCAGGAGGCCCAUCACUCCCAAUCGAAUGUGACCCAAAGCGUCCAUGGCCACAGUGUCCACCACAAUCCUACUGCUAUGCCACCAACUCGGUCGACAUCGGACCAUAUUUCUGUUGCCCAGUCUGGUCGACAUACGGAGCCGCCUGGCGUCCAGCCACCCCAUUCUACAACUAUGUUCCACCAGUCCCAGCCAACUGGCCAGAUGUUGCCAAGAUGACCGCCAACUGGCCAGCCGCCGCCGUCAGUGUCCCAGUAAAGGCCCGCAAACCAACGAAAUCCGACGGAGACAACGAAGAGGAUCAACUUCCCGAUGGAAUUUCCUCGUCGAUCAACUCAUGGGUUCAACGUCAAAAGUUGUAA